AUGGGGAUUAAUACACCGAAUGAAUUGUCGGAAAUCGAACGACAGCGACAAGCCAAUAUCGCCGAACAGAAAGCUCUUCUCAAAGAUCUACAGCUCACACAGCCGGCGGGGAAAUUUGCAAGCCCGGGAACAUCAAGCCGGAAUGGAAACGCUAAAAAUAAGAAGCGACCUGCACCCAAGCGUGUAAAGGAGGAGGACUCCCCUGCUCCACGACGACAAUCAUCACGUCUCCAGGGACUAGCUGCUGAUAGCGAAGUUGCCAAGCGCAAAGCCGAAGAGCAAUACGAGGCAGCCAAAGAAGUUGAGCGUGCGAAGAAGGUUAGGCGGACUGAUUCAUUUACGCAAAAUGACAUGUUUAUUGCUGGCCAAAAGCUCAGUGGUGAAAGCCUGAUUGGAAUCGAUGUAGUCAACAAGGGCGUUGCGGAGCCAUACUUGCGCACAUUCGGGGACGAGGACAUCGAGAAGACGACGGAUAAGGAACUCAAGGCCAUUCGUGAGGAAAUGAAUGGACUGAAGCUGUGGGACAAAUGGGAUCCACAAAGGAUCAAAAUCACUCCCGAGCGUGUGUAUACCAUGACAUUCCACCCUUCCGAAUCAAAACCUUUAGUGUUUGCUGGUGAUAAGAUGGGACAUCUUGGUAUUCUCGAUGCCUCACAAGAAAAACCCGAGGCGAAGCAAGAAGACGAUGAAGACGAAGACGAAGAUGAUCCCGACCCUGUUCUCACCACACUCAAGAUCCACACUCGCACGAUCUGCUCGAUGACGAUUCACCCAUCAAAGCCAACAUCGUUAUACACGGCUAGCUACGACAGCUCUAUUCGCGAAUUAGAUCUGGAAAAAACCGUGUCAGUUGAGAAAUACGGACCAGAGUCUACCAACAUCGACGAGGCGAUUUCAGGCAUUGAUAUGGCAUCCGAGGAUUCCAACGUUCUUUAUUGGACUACACUCAACGGUGGCUUUUCUCGCUAUGAUGUGCGCGCUCCCAAAAAGACAGUGUCAUCCUGGCAGUUGUCCGAAAAAAAGAUUGGUGGAUUCACAUUGUGCCCAUCAUCUUCGCAUCUCUUUGCCACCGCCAGUUUGGAUCGCUUCAUGCGAUUGUGGGAUCUGCGGAACCUAUCUUCCCAUGAGCCAGAGCCCGUGGCCGAGCAUGAGAGCCGCCUUUCUGUGUCACACGCUGCCUUCAAUGCUGCUGGUCAAAUCGCCACAUCCUCCUAUGAUGACACUCUCAAGAUCUAUGACAUGGGCCCCAAGGGUAUCUCUUCAUGGGCAAAAGGGCACACAGUAUCUGCCGACAAAUUUCGACCAGAUACUGUCGUGCGGCAUAAUUGUCAAACUGGACGUUGGGUUACAAUUCUUCGUCCCCAAUGGCAAGUAAACCCACAAUCACGUAUUCAAAAGUUCUGCAUUGGAAACAUGAACCGAUUCGUUGAUGUUUACAGUUCCAACGGUGAUCAACUUGCUCAGCUAGGCGGCGAUGGCAUCACGGCUGUGCCUGCAGUGGCGGUUUUCCACCGCAGCAAGAAUUGGGUUGCUGGCGGUACUGCCAGUGGCAAGCUGUGCCUAUGGAUGUAG